AUGUUGACUCAAAAACAGUCCACUAUUGCUAUUGAGCACUUAAUUAAUGUCUGGGUUCAUAUAAAAGAAUUAGAACAAAAAGAAAUUGAGUUUGUUGGUUCUACGAAAAGUCAAACUAUAGAAGGCAAUGAUAAUGACUUAACUCCAAUGGAUUAUUCAGAUGAACUUGAAACUUUUCUUCAAGAAAAAGAUAAUGAUUGUUUUCUGGGCUCAAAUUCAUAUUGUCUCCUUAUCGAACCAGUGUGUCAUCUAAAAAUUUGGUAG